GUGUUUCAGAGGCAGAAGAAGAAGAAGAAGAAGAGUUCAUCAGAGCUGUUGGAAGAAGAAGAAGAAGAAGAAGAAGAAGAAGAAGAAGAAGAUCGGAUGUUUUAAAAUGCUGCUGAGUCAGAGAAGAAGAAAAUGUCGGGAAGUGACGGGACCGACGCCUCAUUCAAUCGCUUUGAUAGGGAAGUCCCCGUCCUCGAGGCCGGUGGACCAGCUGAUCCAGGACAGACAGAGACAGAGAGCCGCCCGGGACCAGGUCCAGGACUUCACCAAGUCCCAGACGACCUGGGACACGAAGACGUCCUGGCUGCAGAGGGCAGACCAACGUUUCCUGAGAGGAGAAACCCAGAGACGAGUCAGAGUCGCUCUGAACCAACAGAAAGUCCACAUGGACGAGAGGAGGGACAGGCUGCGUGUCCUGCUGGAGGAGGAGCAGCAGCAGCUCCUGCAGGAGAUGGACGAGAGGACGGAGACGUUGGUGGAGAGACAGGCGAAGAUGAGACAACGAGCUAAAACCCUGAAGGACAGACGAGAGACAGAGAGACAGCAGCUGGUGGAGGACAAGAUGGAGCAGCUCUUCAGGGAGAGGUGUGAGGAGCUGCGGAGCGCCCAGAGCCUUGUCAUGGAGCAGCAGGUGAGUUGUGAGCGAGCUGCUCAGGUGAGGAGGCGUCAGCAGCAGCUGGAGGAGCAGCAGCAGGAGAAGCAGAUGUUUGAGCAGCUGUGGGACGCCGACCGGAGAGCUAAAGAGGACACGGAGACGCAGAGAGUGGAGGGACAGCGGCAGAAGAACCAGCAGCAGCUGGACACCAUCAGGACUCAGAUGGAGGCAGCAGAGCAGCAGAGACAGCAGAGGAGAGACCUCCGAGACGAGGAGGCAGUGCUCAUGCGUCAGCAGCAGGAGAUGCAUCAGCUGCAGCUGCAGCGUCAGCAGCAGCAGAAGCUGCAGGACCAGCUGAGCAGACGGAGGCAGCUGGAUCAGGGUCUACGGAUGAAGAUGAAGCGUCUGGCCAGAGAGCAGCAGGACGAGCUGCAGCUGGACAUGAACAUCCUGCAGACGCUGCUCCAACAGGAGACCGACGUCAAACAGGAAGCUGCUCAUAGGAAGGCGGAGCUGCGUGAGGAGCAGCGGAGCUACCGUCAGUAUCUAUCUGAGGAGCUGCAGAAGCAGAAGAAGGAGGAGGAGGAGACGGAGCAGCUGAUAGAGGAGAAGCUGAAGGAGGUGUGGACUAAGAGAGAGGAGCAGGGCCGGCUGCAGAGAGAGGCCAGAGACAGACUGAUGGAGGAGGUGAUGGAGGCUCGCCGUCUGCAGCUCCAACACAAACUGGACCUGAACAUAGAGAGACAAGCAGAGCUGUCCUCAGAGAAAGACAAGCUGGACAGACAGAUGGAGGACAUGAAGCUGAUGGACGAGGACCAGAAAAGACGUCAGAAGCAGUCCUCCGAGGCGUACCGGGCCGACCUGGAGGCCCAGAUGAAGCAGCAGCAGCAGCUCCGGGUGGAGCAGAGAGCUCAGGCUGAGAGGGAACACCAGCAGGGUCUGAUCCAGCAGGAGCUGUACGACCAGAGGAAGGACCAGAUCCUCUCCAGACCCUCGUCCCACACCGCCGCACCCCCCCAUCCAUUCAGACGAGCAGAGGGGUCCAGGUCUGCCUCCGGGUCUGCCUCCGGGUCUGCCUCCAGACACCGCCUCACACAGUAACAUCCAAACAUCACGCUACUCUGGUACUCUCUCAAUAAAAACAGUCUGUCAGAUUUAA